AUGUCUCAAUCGGAUCUAACUCGGUUUUUUGAAUCUUUUAACGAUCAAAAUACUGAAAUUCAACAUCAGUCAUCAACUAGUGGUGAUGCUGUGAUCAAUAGCGAUUCACAAACAAAAAAAUCUCCUUUAUGCAAAGCAAAAGAUCAAAACUCGAAUGCCGGUGGUCCGAUUCGUAACACUCGGAAAAAGGACCAAAUUUCACCAAUCACUCAACGUCUUAGAAAGGCCGCUACUUUUCAAGACUCUUGGAAAUCAAAGUUUCCUUGGUUAAGAAUAGAAGAGCGUGUUCCUCCUAAUGGCGACUCAUCAGGAUCUCGACAGAUUGUCAUGUUUUGUAGUAUUUGCGAAAAAAUUAAAAUUAAAACAACACUCUGGUCUACAACCGGAUGUACGAUGUAUAAAGCUGAUUAUCUUAGACGUCACGAAGUCUCAAAAGAACAUGCCAUAAACACUUUCUUUCUUUCUCAACAUAAAUUUACUCUUAAUGUUAUUAAAGAUCUUACGGACUUUAUUACUUUUCAAUCCCAAAAUCAAAAUGAUACUAAUAAUAGCACCAAUAAAGAACUUAUAAUUCUUCGUCCUCCCAAGCUACCUUCUAAAAAUAAAAUUUCUUUCAGAGAUCUUUCUAUACCUCAUAAUCAUGUUACACAUCCAAGUAGAUCUAUUAAUCACGAAUUUCUUGAGAUUAAUUCAAAAAUAAUCGAAAAAGCUGUUGUCAAUGAAAUAAAUAAAUCUUUAUGUUGGAGUCUUUUGGUCGAUGAAAGUGAUUCGAAUUCCUCAACAUCUGAGAAAACUUUGACUCUGGCUUCUAAACAUGUUGUGGAUGAUUUACCGGUGUUACGAUUUUUGGGUCUAUUAAAAAUUUCAAACACUUCUCCUGAAUCUCUCUUGGCUGCAAUUGAUAAUUUUAUCUCGCAAAAAGGUUUAAAUACUUCAACUUUAUUACAUUUUGGUAGCGUUGGUUCUUCUAAUAUUUCUGGGGUGCAUUAUGGACUUUUCACUUUGCUCAAACAAAGAAAUCCUUUUAUAUCUUCCAAUCAUUGUGUUGUACAUCGUGUUCACAUGGCUAUAGAUGAUGCGACAAAAGAUAUUCCAUAUUUUCAAACGUACAAAGACUUAGUCAAGGGAAUUUACACUUAUUUCUCUGAUUCUUACAGAAAAAUGUAUGAAUUAAGAGAUAUUGAAGAGGAUAUAGACAAUCCUGAUUUAUUUAUAUUGAACAAAAAAGAGACAAGUUGGCUUUCCUGGGCACAAGUCAUCCACAACUUUCAUAUGAUUAUUGAUGAUGUUUAUACUGAAUUAGAAUCUCAAUCGGGUGUCUCUAAUAUGGCAAAAUUUUUAUAUGAUUCAAUUGAUACUGAAUUUUAUGUAGUCACAAAGUUCUUGGCUGAUAUUAUGGAGAUUAUAAUGUCAAUGAUUAACGUAUUUCAAAGUGAUUACGUCUCAUUAAGUGAAACUAGGAAACAGUUGAAUAUGGUCAUUGAAACAAUCACCACCAAUUUUAUUGGUACUGAAUUUUCGACUCCUAAUUAUGGCACAUACCUCUUAAUGUAUAUGAAUGAAAAUUCUUUAUCUAAUUAUGAUUUACCAG